GCGUUCCAUAACUCCACGUGUCGUCUGCUCAAACCAUCGUCCGUCACUAACUCUUGCUCAAAUGAACCGUUUCAACAUAAUGUCAGAUAAUUUUAUGGACGCGCCUGUGGGCUUCGAAGCCUUUGUCAACACGUCACCCGCCAACUUCAGGAGUUAUAUGUUGGGCAUUUUGCGUAACCGACACCAACGGAAAACCCCUAAAGCCGAUGCGAUCGACCAACUGCAGGCCGAGGUUGCAAAACUGCGGGAGGAAAACGAAAAACUACGGCAGGCCAGCACAGCCAAGAAACCAUGGGAUGAGGACGCCGAGGCGACCAAGCUGCGGGCUACGAUCGCAGAAUUACAGGCCGAAAACGAUCGGUACAAGCAACAAGGCACAGCGCUUUUGAACAGUAUGGUCAGUCCGGUCAGCAGUCUCUCAGAUGGGUCUUGCGGGGUCGCCAGCAGUUCCAGCAGUCCCGAAGAUUUUGAAACCGGCGGCGAGAGUCCAAACUACGAAUCCGAUGCAUCUUCGAGCUUGGUCCAGCAGAACGAAAAUUCACGGAGUGCUUUGCCAUCAAAAACGCCUGCCACCCAACAAAUAGCCGCUCCCACGGUACCAACAAUACACGUUGACGAAAUGGGUCCGAAUUUUACCUCCAGCAUCGAGAAGCUUGGGCACACUUUCACCGGCUUGGUGCGUAUCGUCGGCUUGGAAAGCGUCGAUCCACGCCAGCUAGGGGAACAACCGGCCGAGGACUGGGAUCUUCGGAGUGUAAAAUAUUGCCAUGAGAACCAAACGUGCAAAAUAUAUCUUGGCGAUAACAAGACGGGGUUUCAGAUGCCGGACUUCCCCGUGGCGACCGCGGACCCGUCUGAAGCAGAAAUGGAGGAGUUCAUCGACAGAAUUUGCAACGACCCACCCAAGGAACAGAUCAAUUACUAUGUCGGGCCAUCGCUUGCACACGAUAACCCGCGAUUUGACCAGUUGAUCCGCCCGGGUGGUCUCGAACAGCUACCAAAGCUGCGCCAGGAGAAAGCGUCUGAAAGAGGUGCUGAUCCAAGAAUGUACGGGGAUGUUCCUGGCGUGACCAGCCCUUACCAUCAUAUUGGUGAACCGAUGUCUGGCACUGGCUUACAUUGCGAGGACGGCAACCUUCAGUCCGCCAAUAUCAAUCUCCUGGGACUUAAGCUAUGGGUUCUGAUCGACCCGAAGUCAACGGAAAAGCUGGAAACAUUCAUCAGAACACGCUACGGCGGUCGUAGGUGUGAUCAAUGGCUCCGGCACCUUCACCUGUUUGUUCGACCAGCCGACCUCCGCAAAGAGAAAAUCGAAUUCAAGAUGGUGGCUGCCCGUCCUGGCGACAUGGUCGUGACGGGGCCGAGGCAGUACCACAUGGUAGUCAACAUGACCGCGUCGUUCGCCGUAGCCAUUAACUUUCUGCUGGCUGGUGAUCCAUUAUUUCCCGAAAGAGAGACGCAAGUGUGCGCAGAUUGCUGUUUUGUAUUUGCGUUGGAAGAAAAUCUUGGAAACUUCAAAGGUGUGGACGAAUGCAUGCCUGGUGAGCAGCAAGUCGCCAGCCAAGAUUCGCAUAUCAAGGCUUCAAGAACAAGGAAUAAGCCCACGGCCACAAAUUCAGCUACCAACUUGGACAGGGAAAACACCCCAGCACCGGGAAGGUUAGGGACGACGAACUCUGCUACCGCUGUAUUGAGGAACAAAUUGCCCGGCAAUCCAAAGGCCGUUAAAAGAAAACCCCCGGAUACUCACCAAGCACACAAUGGGCAACAUCGCCGGUACCUGCCAAAUGAUCAGCUCACGAAGCGGCAGAGAAAUACCCCGACUAUCAAAGAGCUGGCAGAGGAGUUGACAGGACACCGCGCGAAGGAGCGGUUCGGGCGUUAUAUGCUGGCAUUCAACAACGAAUCCUCUCUCGAGCUCCCAGCACCCUGGGACGAUCAAGUUGACUUCACCUCGCAGGUUUACAGCUACAUCGAAAAGGGAGGACAGUACACAGAGUCCGGGGCAUUCCGAAAACUUGUGGGAUUGAUUGUUACAGCUUAUGCGGUCAGGCGCGCAGAUAUGCAGUCGGCCGAAAUAGGCAGGCGCAACAUGAACAGACAGCUGCAACAGAAAUAUUUCGGAACAGUCAUCAAGAGAAUGAGCCAGCAGGCUUUCUGGAACUGGAUAUCACGGAAUCGUAAUUUGUGGAGCCUAGGAUCUGGGUUGCUGCCUUAUUUACCAAGCGACAAUGAGGGCAUGGCGUCAUUUCGAGACUACGAAAGAAGUUCCAAGGCAGAGGUGGACCAACUCAAAGCAGAGCUUGACAAAAUCCCACAAGUCAAAGAAAUGGAGCAGGCUGGAGAAGCGUUUGUUGACCGAAUUUUACAGCGUCGCAAAUUCGUCUGGCAGGACAUCGCCUCCAAAGAGCUUGAACAGCUGCCUAUAGAGGCACUACUGUCACUGGUCAAAGUUAGGCGCCUUGAAGAAAACGAAACCGACAAAUCAUGGCAGCCCCUGCCGGAAUAUCAAUGGCAGAGGCCCGACGCGGUCGUUCAAGGCGCGCAGUGCGAGUUGUGUGAGGCGGACUCGUGUGACUGCAUCAGGCGUUGUUUCGCCAAAGCACCUUCCGUUGUGUAUUUUGACGGAAAAGAACUUGGCCUGCAAGCAAUGGCGGAAGUUCCCGGGGAUAUGGCGUAUAGGAAGGGCACUCUGAUUGGGGAGAUUGUUGGGCGCAUCGUCCCUCCCAAUACUUAUAACGACGGCCGAGCUAUGAAUAUGGUUAGAGAGGAUAUGGACAAUGAAUAUGUGGGCCAGAUUUGGACCGGAGAAGAGGGUAAUAUCUUUCGGUUUACGAAUCAUAAGUGUGCGAAUGCCGAGGCGGAAGUGAAGGGGAAAAAAAUAUCGGGGGCUUAUAGGAUGGUUCUCGUUGCAACUCAGGAUAUACUGCACGGUAUGGAGGUGUGUGUGGACUUUGGGCAAAAGUUCGACCCAUGUUUUUGUGAGAUCUGCAGGUCGUCUGUGCUGAGGAGCUAAUAGGAGCCUGCACUGGCUGGUGCGUUCAACCUAACCCUGCGGGUUAGUAAAUUUAUCAAGAUGCGGUUACUGUUACUCACAACGCGACAUUAAAAGUUGAUUAAAUCAAUCUUUGCGACUUCGCGACUUUUGGAAAGUGUUCAACUCCAUCGAGAAGCAGUGUAAUCAUCCCAAACCCGCGUGGCCGAGCUCAGGCCUAUGCCGUUGGCGGCCCCGAAAGCAGAUUGACGCUAAUCAACAGUGCGCUGUUCUGGGGGUAUUUAGUCAGGGAGCAUAAGCAUCAUUACGAUAAACAGCAAAAGCACAGAACGCAAAAAAUAGAGCAAACUGGAAUGAAUUCCGCCGAAUGCUGGGCUACCUACUCAGCAUACUGUGAUGAUUGUGGUCUGAAUAACUGCUAAGUCGGGUGACCGCCGUCUCUCGAACAUAUACUGAC